AUGUCGAAGGUGCAGGUGUUGAGCUGUAGAAGAUGCUCGUAUGCUCCGGGGCGCCUGAGUCCAAUGUGCAGGAGUCCUGGUCUCCUUCCGAGCGAGAGUACUGUUGCAUUGCACGUGGCCUCGGCCACUUCGCAGCAGCUGAUUGCAGCGGAGUGGCAGCAGCCAAGCGGAGAGCCGGGAGCAUGCGUGAGAACCAUCCGAGGUUGUGUCACGGGCCACUAUGUUUCGCACGCUUUUCACGGCCAGCACAUUCACGAGAUCUCCCACAUUUCCCACUACCACCACAUUCCACAACAAGUCAUCCACUACACUCAUCCGGUGCCUGAGCCAAAAGUUUAUUCCGAUUUGGUCAUUGCGAGAUGCCGCUGCAAGCUGGCAACACCCUUUGUCAUAUUGAAACGGAGGCUCUUCUCGCGCCGCCGCCAGCGCCUCCUACGGUCAGUUUCCAUUGCACCAGAGGACGGGUCUUGCACAUCGUUCAACUCGGCUUGGCGAGCCGGCCAAGCCCUGCGAGGUGAGACGGACACGUGGUCGGCCAUCCAGCGCGACUGGUGCUGCAAAUAUGCGAACACUGGUUGUGCUUCGCACAACGGCUUCGACUACGACUGCAACUCCCACGACGACUGGGAGAUCUGGUCUACCAAGCAGAAGCAGAUGUGCUGCCGAGACUAUGGCGUCGGCUGUCCUGGAUGGACCGGGGCCCACAUCGCGCAUGUGGCUCGUGUGGUUCAUUCUCGCCCUCAGAUAGCUCACGACUCCCAGAUAGCUAGUCUCGCAACACAUCAUUUCCACUUUCAUUGCAAUGCAGACGACCCCGCAAUGGCAGCGUGGUCCGUGCAGAAGCAGCAGUAUUGCUGCCACGACUACGGAGUUGGCUGUGCUGACGCUCCGUCUGGCCAUGCUUGGCACUCGCAGGUGCUGCCUGGCUACAAGUUCAACUGCUUGGCAGGUGGCUUUCCCCACAGCUGGUCGCUCCCGAAACGAGCUUGGUGUUGCAAGCACGAGAGUUUGGGAUGUUCCGAUGCUGCAAGCUAUGACUGUCGCCCCGGUGCCGGUGGCGCUUGGCCGCGCGCCAAGGCGCAGUGGUGCUGCGAGCACGAGAACGUCGGCUGCGGCUCCCUGCCUCCGCGCUACGACUGCACGGACGGUGUGGCGCACUGGAAGGAGUGGCCACAUGGAAAGCGGGAGUACUGCUGCGACUCCGUGAAGGUGGGUUGUCCAAAGCCGAUCCAACCCUGGAUUGCACAGCUGCUCACGCCAUCGGCGCAGCAUGAGCUGCACGACCAGGAUGUGAGAAGGAGGUCGCAACACCCAAAGUACAACUGCGCGGCAGGCCUCAGUCAUUGGCAGGACGGCUGGUCAAAAGCGAAAGCAAGCUGGUGCUGUAAGUACAAGGGCUAUGGCUGCCCCUUUGCCUGCCAUGGCUCGGCCGAGCAGCAAGCGGAGUGGAGUCCAGAGAGGGCUGAGUGGUGUUGCAAGCAGCACGACGUCGCCUGCCGCUUCAUGACCAAGUACCAGCUCAACGCCCUAAACGAGCUUGACCUGAACCACCAAGGCAUAGCAUCCGUCCUCGCUGCUGGCGGUCUUUUUGUGACCCUAGUGGCCAUCGCAACGGUGGGGCGCCUGCGCGCAGCAGGUGCGGCGAAGCACGACGAGGUUCUAAGCAUGAGUGACUUGGAGCUCUCCGAGUGCAAGUUCUGCAUCCCGCUUAUCGGCGCUCCGGCAAAGUCCCGGCGAUGCUAUUCACCUCCACCUGCCCAACUGAUGUUCUGUCAUGUUCUGACCCAUGCAGACGCGCUGACAGGUGCUGGACUGGAUUUUCAAGCUCUGCGGCUUUCUGCUUUAUCUGCUUUUGCGUUCGUGCUUUCCUACCUACUCCAGCCCUCCUACGGCGUUCUGGGCAAGGUGGAUGUGGAGAUGCUCUACCAGAUGCUGCGGGAAACUGUGGGCAACUACAACGUCAUGGAGCUCAUGAAGGAGAUGAUGCGGAGCAUGAAGGGGGGCGAGACCGCACGACUGUGCUGGCUACAGCUUCGGGUGUCGGAGGGCCCGCCGCAGAAAAGGUUGGCCGGGCUUCUGGAGCAGGAGCUCAGGGCCGAUGUCGAGAGCUAUCGAGCCAACAGUGCCGCGGUAGUGGUUGAUCCCAGCUCAGUGCCUCCGGCCAUGAAGCUCGCUGAUCUGCUGACCUCUUUUGGAACAGGCAGCAAGCAGAACCGGCGGCUGACAUCUUUCCAAGGCCUUGGAAAUCCCUUCGUUCCUCAGGGUGGCCCUGCCGGCCCUGCCGGUGGCGGCGCUGGCGGAGGGGAUUCAGGCGACUGGUGGCAGGACGAGUCAGGCAAAUGGCACUUUGGAGGUGAGGCAGAGCACUGGUGGCGUGACGAGCACCACCAAUGGCACAAAGGCGGGGAAAGCCAAACGUGGCGGCAGGAUGAGGCCGGCAACUGGCACGAGGUCGACGAAGACAACCCCAGGGAGUCCGAGGACGAGUUACUGAUGGGCGGUAACCCUGACAUGGGUGAGCCGCAGCAGGACAUCAAAGAUUUGGACGCUCUCAAUGAUGCGCUCAAAGAAGACAUGCCGCCAAUGUUUAGCUCAAAGAGGGCGGUGUUUUUCCAUUCCGUGCUUUCGUAUGACUGCAACAUUCAGAGAUCUGUGGCGCUGAUGAGAGGGCAGGCUGUGGCAGUGGCCGUCGCUGUGCUUCUCCUUGCGGUGCAAGCGGGACGCCAAGACGCCACGGACAUCUUCCAUCCUGGCCAUGAAGCGGUGCACGUAACGCGACUCCAUCGCUACGAGCAUGAGGGCAUGGCCUCGUUCUUGGAGGCUGAAGCUCGAUGGAAAGGAUCUCGUGAAGAGGUUGUCUCCCCGCUGCUCUCGCGAGCUAGAUCCAAAAGGAGUGCGUCACAAAAGCCGAAGGGCUUCCUUCGUGUCUCGCAGACCCAGGAAGCUGCGCUGAAAGCCCACCAGACCGCAUCAUUACUUCAGGAGCUCGAAGGCGCACGAGCAAACUCUUCCACGGUGGACGGCUUCUUUAGGAACGAGGGCAAGGUGCUGAGGUACCACGGUCUGGAGAUCCCCAACGAGAACCAUCCUGCAGAGACGCGGUUAACGAGUCUGGAGAGCCAGUACAUCGGCCAAAUAGGCGUUGGCUCCGUGCUCGCACCAAAAGGAUGCACGCCUUCCAGUGAGUCUCUGAUUUAUCUCGGGCCUGCCGAUUAUGACAGCGCGACAGAGGAACAGAAGAACACGUGCCACGUCCGCGACCAGUCUCUGGUCUGGGUCGUCUUCGACACAGGCAGUACCAAUAUUUGGGUGUCGUCAGUCCUGUGCACCAAAGGGCCCUGUGCCAACGCCGAUCGGAGCCGCUAUGAUCGGUCGCUGUCCAGAACGUAUGCUCCGGGACCAGGUGGGACCCUGCAGAUCGAGUUCGGAACAGGGCGGAUCACCGGCCCAGAGGCCGUCGAUGACUUCCACAUCGGACCUUUCUCGGUUUUCAACCAGACCUUCGGGAUGAUCGAGUCCGAGGAGGGCCGGGUCUUCGAAGAGGUGCCCGUGGAGGGCAUCCUCGGAUUGGCCUUCCCAGCCAUGGCCGCACACGGCAUCCGGCCUUUCGUGGACGGCAUCAUCGAGAACAAGGCAAUAGGUCGCAACGAGUUUGCGUUUUACUUCAGCCCUGAUGAUCCAGCGGGCAACGCGGUUUUCUGGGGCGGAGUGGACAAAUCCUUCUACCAUGGCGAGAUCGAGUAUUUUCCCGUGGUUCAGCCGUACUAUUGGGCCAUUGAGCUGGUCGACUUCAAAAUAGGGGAGGACUCGCUUCUGCAUCUACUGCUGCCCGAGGCGGAGGAGACGGAGACCCCGGACCUGGAGCACGAAGGUCCUUCAGGUCACAAGAAGCACCAUCAUCACGGUGCUGGGGAUCCCAAGUUCAAGGCGAUCGUGGACACCGGCACCACCUUCUUCACGGCUCAGGGCCGGCUCUUCAAGGAGAUCAUGAAGCGCCUCGCAGCCGGUCCCUGCCGGAGCCUGACCAAGCAGAGCCACCCGGACAUCACCUAUACCUUGAAGAACACCGCUGGUCAACUUCGUGACUUCGUGAUUUCCAACAAACAGUACAUGCUCUCCAGCCAAGAAGGUGAUGACUCAGAGUGCACGCCCGCCUUCAUGCUGAUCGAAGUGCCUCGCGCUCAUGGUCCUGGCAUGGUCUUGGGCGAGGUGUUUCUGCGGAUCUACUUCUCUGUCUUCGAUCGAGGGAGUGGCAGCGUCGAUGAGGCUCGCAUUGGUUUUGCAAAAGCCAACAGUGGAGCGGAUGCCAAGAGUCGCCUCAAGGGCUUGACCUCCAACCAACCGGUGUUCCACCGCAUCUGGGACCCCUCAUUCACGCCUUCGAUCGAGAACAUCAUCACGAAGUCUGGCCCGUCUGAACUCGGGCGAAACGUCGCUGAGCUUUCCAGGGCUCUGGGCCAACUCAAGGACGAUGUUAACAGCAACCUCUCGCAAGAUCGAAUUGCUGCGAUGACAUCAGAGGACGUCCCCAACAUGGUGACUCCGGUUGCUGAGUCUCUGAAAGAGGUAAUACGUUCUGCCAAAUCGAUGCAGGACAGAUUGACCGCGAUUUCAGACGCCGCCUACAGCAUCGUUGGCACGGCCGCGGAAGAUGCCGAACGGCGCUUGAACGGCGAGUCGCCAGACGAAGCCGCAGAGGGCGAAGCAGAUGAGGCUGAAGACUGGUAUGGAGGAGACCACGGCUACCAUGACGACUACUACGGUCAGCAAGGUGGCUAUGGCGGCUACGGGCCAGGAGGCUACGACCAAGGCCAUGGCGCCUAUGGCGGUCAGUGGGAUCAGGGCCAAGGCCAGGGCCAAGGCGGCCAGGGCCAGGGCCUGCACCUCGCCAGCAUACGGGGCCUACCGGCCCUGGCGCUUCCUGCGGCGCUUCCUGCUCUGGCCGUCCAGGUCGAUCUGUGGAAGCGUUCCAGGAAUCUCCGACGCAAGCACCCUCAGUUGAAGAGCUUCUUCUGA